AUGGUUCGAAACAAUGGAAGAGUCAAAACAAAACGGGCUCUCACAGAGAAUAAAAAUUCUCAAAAGGAAAAGACGACCUCUCAGCCAGUGCCAAAGAAAAGAAAAACGGAGCAACCUCAGGAACUCAACAAGCAGGACGAGAUCAGAAUUCUGAGGGAAGAGUUAGAAAAGGCAGAAAAAGAAUCCCGUGAAGCUGUACAGUUCAUCGCUGAAGAAACAAGAAGAUUGAAGCGAGAAAAUGUUCAACUUGAAGAUGAGAUAAGGGAUUAUGGCGUGGAACUCCGGUUCAUUAAAAUUAAAACUGACAGGGAGUUAGUUUGGAAAACCCAAGAAAAAGAGGUGCUUGUUAAGAGCUUGGAAAAAGGUGAUGAAGCAGAUAGAGCAGAUAACGAUGUAUUUGCCAGAGAAGAAAACAUUUCACAGACUUAUAUCGAGGCGAUCAAUAAUCUCAAGGAACAAAUCAAGAAUUCGAACAUGACAGCAGCCAGAGCAAUGGCUUCAAGGAAAGCUUGCGAGAUGUGUCAAAUAGAAUUCAAUGAGAACUUUAACGAGAGUGUUCCAAAAAUUUUGCCUUGCGGACAUACAUCAUGUUUGGGAUGUAUCAAGAAACUUCUCACCGACGGACACGUUCGAUGCCCUUCUGAUCGUUGGUUCACCAAACUCAACGGAUCUCCAGAAUCUCUUCCAACAAAUUUUGCUGCUCUCUGA